CUCUUCCAGCAGUAUAAAUAAGUGGGGUCAUAUCAUAACACUUUGCUGGUUAAGAAAAAAGGUUGCAAUGAAGCUGCUCGUUCUGCUGUUAGUUGUGGCGGUUUCCGCUCAGGCGAGUGUGUUGCCAACCACCACCGCCUACGGCUACCUAGCGAGAUCGGCGGCUGAAUCCGAAAAGCGUCGUGAGGCAGAAGAAAAAUUGCUUAGCCAAAGAAUCGUUAAUGGUUUGCCAGCUGGAAUAGGACAGGUCCCCUAUCAGGCUGGCCUUCUCAUCAGGAUUAUCGGCUUCAAUGGACAAGGCGUUUGCGGUGCUUCUUUAGUUAGUGGCAAUAGACUUAUAACUGCCGCCCACUGUUGGUUUGAUGGCUCCCACCAGGCCUGGAUGGUUACUGUCGUCCUCGGCUCUAACACUCUCUUCACUGGCGGUACCAGAAUUGAUACAAGCGCCGUAAUAACUCAUACAAAUUGGACGCCGUUGCUAGUACGCAAUGAUAUUGCCAUGAUAUAUUUGCCAAAUAAUGUAGUGCAAUCGAAUCUGAUCGCUCCCGUGGCUCUUCCCCGAGGCGAUGAGUUACACGAAACUUUCGUCGGCUCUUCUGCUAUUGCUUCUGGAUUUGGACUUACCAAUACCUCUGGAGGUAUCCUGCAGACUCAAUACCUGAGCCAUGUUAAACUCAAUGUGAUUACCAACUCAAUAUGCAGUUUCGCGUUCCCCAUUAUCUUACAACCAACUAACAUCUGCACCAGCGGCGUCGGUGGUGUAGGUGCCUGUCGCGGUGACUCCGGUGGUCCUUUAGUCGUCACUAGAAACGACAGGACCGUUUUGGUACGUUACCUCCUCAAUUUAUAAAGAUUUAACAGGUACCUUAGAAUCGUUCGAUAGAAUCAGGCGUUGUUUUGCGAAAGUUCAAAGAUAAGAUAAGAUUUAUCGACCAGAAGACAUAAUAG